UAGCAGUGGCACAGCUAGCUACGGUUGCGAUAGAUUUCGUCUCAUAACCAGUAACACUGUACGACCCAGUUAUUUCCGCUGCCGCUACUGCUACUGGUACUACUACUGCUACUGCUGCUGCUGUUGCAACUGCUGCUGCUGUUACUACUGCUGCUGCUGCUGCUUCUGCUGCUACCGCUGCUACUGCUGCUGGUGUUGCUGACACAGGCUUGGUAGUGAUGGAGGGCAACUAUGAUUGCAUCGUGGUCGGGGCAGGCAUCGAAGGAUCGGGGGCGGCUUUCCAGCUCGCCCGCAUGGGAGUGAGCACAGUGCUGCUAGAGCAGUUUCCGCUGCCGCACAGCCGCGGGAGCUCCAGCGGGCCGUCUCGCAUCAUCAGGCGAGCCUACACUCACAAGUUCUACGCUGAGAUGAUGGAUGAGGCAUACGACUGGUGGCAUCGAAUCGCCGCUGAGACGGACACCGCGCUCUACAAAAAGUGCGGCAUGCUCACCAUCUCAGAUGACGAUCACGAGAUCCAGGGGACAAAAAAACAUGGAGGAUUUAAACAUGCCGUACGAGAUACAUACACUGCGAUAGAGGAUAACUACAAGGGUGUCUACGAUCCGGAUGCCGGAACACUGAUGGCCGACAAGUGUCUACGCUGUUUACAGUGUGCAGACGGUGCGAGUGAACGUGUGCCCUACUGGCGGGAGAAGCGUCCAGGAGACCUACCACUUCAGCCGGUGUCCUGUGAUGUGCGACUUCCAACGAUCUCAUCCGGUAACUACUUGUUGGUUAUCUACCAAGCGGACGAGUAUCCACGGUCACGUUCAGAACUUGGCAGGCACAUCGGUAACGUCGUUGACCCGGAUAAUCGUGACGAGGCAGCUCAGCAUAUCAUACCGGCUCAGUUGGCCGUGCUAACCGAUUAUGUUAGCAAAUACAUACCGGGCCUGGACGCAGCCGACGGGCCCGCCAUAUUGGAAACGUGCAUGUACACGGUGACGCCAGAUGAGGUCUGCAUCAUAGACAGACACCCGCAGCACCCUAAUGUGAUUUUCGCCGCUGGAUUCUCCGGUACUGGGUUUAAGCUGGCUCCGGUACUAGGAAAAGUGCUGGCGGAGAUGGUGUUGGGAUGCAAGACCUCCUACGAUACGACUCCAUUCAGCAUGCGGAGAUUCCAGGCGAAGUCACGGCUAUAAACAACGCGCUCGACCAGAAUGUGAUAUACUGAUUACUGAUUAAUGAUAAAUCAGUGGUGAUCGUCUUAACAAUCAUGUUAUUUUAAUUUUAAUUAGUAAGAUCUAUUACUAAUCCCUAUUUAGAAGUAACUGUAGUAAAGGUGUGCUGUUAAAGUUGAGGAUUUUUCAGCGGGAUGCUAUUUUUCGAGUAUACACUAAUGCGGCAUUCACACAGUGCCGAUUAUGGCUCCCGUUUGAGAUCAAACAGCGCUACGACACGAAAAGUGAAAAAGUCGGAUUAUUAUCCUCAAUGAUCUGGAAUGUCCUAUCAGUGUCUGAACGCAGUCGUAUACGUUCGUAACAAAGUCCUACGGAUCGGGAAUGAUCCGGAGAGGUCGGCCCAGCACUCCCGGCAGUUAGGUGCGUCCCGUAACAUUCGGGAAACUCGGCCGAUUUUGUCUAGUCGGAUUACAAUCGUGACUAUGUCGUGACAGAUUCUGCUCUAUCGGAUCAAAAUCGUAACAAUGUUCUGUGUUGUCUGGACGGUGUCUGAACGGUGUCUGGACGGUGUCCUGUGGAUCAGGAGGCUGUCGUGAUGAACGGGCAUGAUCUGGAGAAAUUUUUCAUUGCCGUUUCUUGUCGAUUAAGUCCAGAUUACGUCCAGAUCUAACGGAUGUCUUCCAUCAGCGUCGGUUCACUGUCGGGUCACUGUCUGAUCUCUGUGGGAUCGCAUUCGGGAGAAUCGGGACGCUGUCGGGACAGAUUUGGUCGUUUUUUACCAUGCGAAAGAUACAAAUCGGAUCAGAAUCGGAUUCAGAACUGGAGAAUCGGGACGAAUUCGGCUGGAAACGGCUGAAUCGGGACGCUUCCUGAACAAUAUCUGAUUGUUGUCGUGAUUAAAUAAAUUUUUAUUAAAGUUUGAAUUUCCCGCCACGAAUCACAGGAUCUUGAUCAGACUUUUGACAAAUUUUAAUCGGGAAUAGUCCUAUCAAGGACGGCAGUAAAAAUCCUGAAUGUGUGAUUGAACCUUAAAGGCUCAGUCACACAUUCAGGAUUCAAAAAUUAGGGAUGUAAUCACGCGCCGACAUAACGCCUGUAGCUGUGUAGAUAGAUGUACGGCUAAGUAGGGAUGUACGCUAAGUAUAUGUAUACGCCGGAUGCGCGGCGGCAGCAUGUUUAUUAUGUAAAAUGUCCCCUGAUGGCGAUAGG